CUCUAAUGUCGGAAAAACAGCAUCUAUGUUAGCCCCUUAAAACACGCUAGUCUCAUAAAAUUUAUAAACCCUCUUUUUCCCCCACGGGAUCAGCCCUUAAAUUCCCCGUCUUCAAAUCCCCUCGCCCAUUUCGUUGUGUUAAAUUAACUUAUAAACAGAGGAAGGGUAGAGUUCCAUCGCCAAUCUCAAAGCGCGGCCGACCUGAUUUUUCAGCAGGGACAUGCUUGUAAGUUUGAAGAGAUGUUGAGUUUGGGGAACUGUUUGGAUGGGCAUUCUUUGUACUGUUUGCUCAUAACUACAGUCACAGCUGUGAUUUUGCAGGCACCUGGGGCUUCUUCCAUUGUUGCACCGAGUUCCAAUUGCUAUGCUCUUGAUAAUUCCAGCCACAUUUUUGAUUUUAGUAGCUGGCUUGGGCAGCCUUUUGAGUAUGAUGGGAAGGAUUCUGACUUGGUGGUUCGGUUUUGUAAAGAUGUGGAGAGUAGAUCGCAAACGGGAUAUGUGGAUUUUGGCCGAUUUGAUAAGUUCAACUAUUUUGUUGCUGGUUCAGGACACAUUAAUUUUGUUCAAGAAUUUUAUAAUGGUGACCUCUUGAAUUGUGAGAGAACUCAUGACAAAAUGGGACGUACAGCUCAGGUAAAUAUUAUAUGCGGAAGUUGUUCAAAUGGACAAUGUACAGGUGAACUUGGAUGCAUAUGCAAUGUUACUUAUGAGUCAACUUGCAGAGUUCUUGUUGAACUUGCCAUUCCAUGCAAGGAACAGGGUGUGCGUGUAUUUGAGGGCUUCACUGUUGGUUUUCAUCCUCGGUCAUGGGAAAUUGUUUACAAUGGCAUGACUCAAUUGGGUUUUGAUAAAUCUCACCAUGCCUUCAGCUUCGGCACUGAACAGACUUAUGUUGCUCUUUACAUGACUGCAAUUGCGUCCCUUUCCACUUUGGUGCAAAAACCUACUGUUAAGAUUUUCCCAGAACAUGGCCUGAAGGUAGGAUUAUCAGGCUCAGGGGCGACUGGAAGACCACCUACAACGUUGUCACCCACAAUGUUGGUUGUGGAUUGGAGUUGUGAGAAGGCCCGUGAUACUCCAUAUGAAGUUGAUAUUACUAUUCCAGUAGAAGGUUAUGAGCCCAUUCAGUUUACUCUCACAAAAAUGUGUGAAUAUCCUCAAGGAAAAGGAGGAGGAACUACAAGGGGAUGGGCUAUAUUUGGGGUGGCAUCUUGCAUAUUCAUUGUUCUAUCAACGCUGUUUUGCUGUGGUGGGUUUGUUUACAAGACUCGAGUGGAGCGCCAGCGUGGGCUUGAUGCAUUGCCAGGCAUGACAAUUUUAUCUGCCUGUUUAGAAGCUGUAAGCGGAGGAUCGCACUACUCACGAGCAGAAGAUACCAACAGUGCAUUUAUCAAUCAAGCCUCUUGGGAACGCCAGCCUGAUGCUGCUCAAGGAACAUGGAAAACAAGUGAAAGAAAAUAUGGUUCAAUUUAAAUUUUGUAGUCAAUAUUCUUUUAUCUUUGCCGUUGUGCGCUACAGGAAAUUUUCAUGCCUGAACUGGAUGAUCACAGAUGAUUGUGAACUCAAUACAACCUGGUUAUUCUUGUUCCCUGAAAACAAAACUGGGAAGGUUUAAUCUAAGCUUCCCACCUCUUACUCUUCC